AAGCUAAAACGGACAUGCUAACACAGUUCUACACAGCGAGUGGAGAGAGUGUAUUGUUAUAGGGGGGACAGUCAGUAUUCAGUCCUCCAUUUGUGAACUUUGGUCUACGAAAAAAAGGUGGUUGGUGGGGUGACGUCUCUUUUAAGCCCUCCCUCGGUAAUUCCACACUUGGUUGAGUCCGGGUUUCCAGCAGAUCCAAGAUGGCGGAUGGAUUCGCUAUGUGCUGAAGUUGACUUUUAACUCCAAACACUGGGGCUGGUGUCGCUCCCUUCAUGUAAACAAACCGCUGACUGUAAACGAGCUACACCGGUAUAUCCUGGAGCCACGGACACUUCCCCAAUGUCGUGACACUCUGACAGAGGUGGAGCGGCUUCAUUUCGACUAACUGUGGCAGCGCAGAGGCAGCUAGCUGUAGCUUUAUCCAGUUGUCUGACGUCUCUGUGCCGAGGAAUCAUCAUUAGAGGAAGAACAAUGUGGCAGCGCUGUCGGAGUAACAGAUAAUGAAGAAGAAGGGAGUCGUGCUGGAGUGUUCACGGGGCCUUCUUCCGGGAUGUCCAAGGUAGGAGACCUGAAGGGGUUCAGCCCCAAAGGACAGACCACCAGCUCAUACACACCUGCUGCUGAAGGGCUACAAAAGGUGCAGCGUGCUCCAAAGAAGAUCAUUUCUACAGGAGGAGUGACCUGGACAGCUGCUUGAAAAGGAGGACUGAUAUUUCAGCAAUCACUUUAACCUCAACAUUGAACUUGAUUUUGGGAAACUAACUAACUUGGCAGCAAAGUGAAGAGUUAUUUUAACCAGCGAACGCACAGUAAUCCCCAUAGAUCAUUUAAUCCUUUUCAUUCCAUCAAUUUACAAAGUAUCUAUUCCCAUAUCGUCUAUCCAGUCAUCUGAAAGAGUGCUUCACUCCAGCUGAUAUAUAAUUGUAGAGUAGGUAAUGGAUAACGCUGGCCAUGGUAACCUAAAGUAAAUGGCUAAUUCUCAGCACAGCUUAGUGCCUGUAACUAAAACUCAAGCUAGCUCCCUAACCUUCCCCUCUUCCUAUCCUGCCUCCGCUGCUGUAUCCCGUCUGCUUCUUUCUGUUCACCGCUUGCUGUCAAUUUCCACCUCCUUGCUACAACACCAUGGUAGGUGCAGUCUUGGGUGUGUGGAAACUGAUGCGAGGAGUCCGCCAGCUGGAGCUUCAUCGCCUCAUUCUGGCUCUUAUCAUCUUCUGCUUACUGUCAAUGGCCUUCCUCGCAUACUAUGUCUCGAACAGUCCCAAAAUCAAGGAGGCCCCACCGUUGCCAUUCAGUGACUGUGGUGGAGGAAUGUCAGCAGGUGCCAGCACUGGGGCUACAGAUGGAGGACGGGCUGCAGAAAGAGCACCACUUUUCCUGCCUCUGCAGCAAGGCAGAUUGCGGCAGGUAAAGACGAUGGAUAAUUCCAAGACGGAGCCUGUGGUGCUAGUGUUUGUGGAGAGCAUCUACUCUCAGCUUGGCCAGGAGAUUGUAGCCAUAUUGGAGUCCAGCCGCUUCCACUACCAGACAGAGAUUGCACCUGGUAAAGGUGACUUGCCCACGCUAACGGAGCAUAACCGCGGACGCUACACGCUCAUAAUCUACGAAAAUGUUUUGAAAUACGUCAAUCUGGAUGCCUGGAACCGUGACUUACUAGACAAGUACUGUACCGAAUAUGGAGUGGGUAUUAUUGGCUUCUACAAAGCAAAUGAAAACUCCCUGCUUAGUGCACAGCUGAAAGGUUUCCCCCUCUUUCUACACUCGCAUCUUGGACUCAGGGACUAUCGCAUCAAUCCCAGCGCUCCUCUUCUCUACAUCUCUAAGCCCAACCAGGUGGAGCAGGGAUUUUUACCAGGAGAUGACUGGACCAUUUUCCAAUCUAACCACUCUACUUAUGAGCCAGUGCUUCUGGCCAGCACCAAGUCUUCUGAGGCACUGGCACACUUUGGACCUACGCACCUGCGGGCUCUUCACGCAACAGUAGUCCAGGACCUUGGCCUCUAUGACGGUAUUCAAAGAGUGCUCUUUGGUAACAACCUCAACUAUUGGCUUCACAAGCUCAUAUUUGUAGACGCCAUUGCAUAUCUGACGGGGAAGAGACUGUGUUUGUCUUUGGACCGCCACGUCUUGGUGGAUGUGGAUGAUAUAUUUGUUGGCAAGGAAGGAACUCGUAUGAAGGUGUCAGAUGUAGAGGCGUUGCUCAACAUUCAGAGCAAACUGAGAGCUUUGGUCCCAAAUUUCACUUUCAACCUUGGAUUUUCAGGAAAGUUUUAUCAUACAGGUACUGACGAGGAAGAUCAGGGAGAUGACAUGCUACUGCAACACAGAAUGGACUUCUGGUGGUUCCCUCACAUGUGGAGCCACAUGCAACCUCACCUAUUCCACAAUGUCAGUGUCCUGGGUGAGCAGAUGAGGCUAAACAAGAUCUUUGCUCAGGAACAUGGUAUUCCCACAGAUAUGGGUUAUGCAGUGGCUCCUCACCAUUCGGGCGUCUACCCAGUCCACAGCCAGCUCUAUGAAGCCUGGAAGUCUGUGUGGGGCAUUAAGGUGACCAGCACAGAGGAAUACCCUCAUCUGAGACCGGCGCGAUACCGUCGUGGAUUCAUCCAUAAUGGAAUUAAGGUGUUGCCUCGGCAGACCUGUGGCUUGUUCACCCAUACAAUUUUCUAUAAUGAAUACCCAGGAGGCUCUAAGGAGCUGGACAAGAGCAUCAGAGGAGGAGAACUAUUCCUAACUGUUAACCCAAACUGAAUCAGUAUCUUCAUGACCCAUCUGUCAAACUACGGCAACGACCGGCUAGGUCUUUACACAUUUGAGUCCCUGGUAAAGUUUGUCCAGUGUUGGACUAACCUUCGGCUGCAGACGCUGCCACCUGUGCAACUGGCUGAAAAAUACUUCCAGAUCUUCCCCGAGGAGAGAGACCCACUCUGGCAGAAUCCUUGUCACGAUAAAAGACACAAAGAUAUCUGGUCAAAAGAAAAGACUUGCGAUCGACUUCCCAAGUUCCUUGUUGUCGGACCACAGAAAACAGGCACUACAGCGCUUCAUUCAUUCCUCAGCCUCCACCCAGCAAUUACCAGUUCUUUCCCCAGCCCUGUCACUUUUGAGGAGAUUCAGUUCUUCAGUGGAGCCAAUUAUGACAAUGGAAUUGACUGGUACAUGGACUUCUUCCCAUUCCCCUCCAAUGUCAGCACGGAUUUCAUGUUUGAGAAAAGUGCGAACUACUUUGACACAGAAGUAGCUCCAAAAAGAGCUGCAGCUCUACUGCCCAGAGCCAAAAUCCUGGCAGUGCUCAUCAACCCAUCAGAUAGGGCUUACUCGUGGUACCAGCACCAGAGGGCACACCAGGACCCUGCAGCCCUCAACAAUACUUUCCAUUACGUGGUGACAGCUGGCCCCUCGGCCUCUAAGGACUUGCAAGUUCUUCAGAGACGCUGCCUUAACCCAGGAGCUUACGCUACUCACCUGGAGCACUGGCUUCAACACUACCAGCCCAGCCAGUUACACGUCGUCGAUGGUGCUCUCCUGCGAACCAACCCAGCACUGGUGAUGGAUGGAAUCCAGAGGUUUCUUGGCAUUACCCCCAUCUUCAACUACACCCAGGCUCUAAUGUUUGAUGACGGAAAAGGUUUCUGGUGUCAGCGAGGGGAAGGAGGUCGUCCUAAAUGUCUGGGCAAGAGUAAAGGCAGGAAGUAUCCAGACAUGAAUCCUGAGUCCCGCAUCUUUCUGGCUAACUACUACCGUGAGCAUAACAUGGAGCUGCUUCAUCUGCUGAAUCGUUUGGGUCAACCGCUGCCAUCGUGGCUUCGCCAAGAACUGCAGAGCACCAGCUGGAGCUGAGACCGUCGACCCGCAGGUGCACAGACAGUUGCACUAAACAGAAAGUCUGACUGGAAUCUGUGGAGGAGCCAACUGUUUGUUCUGGAUUAGAAUGGACUAACUAAUCUGGAGUCUUAACAGCAGUAUGUGCUGAAAGCUUGUGUGGACCCCGAUGGACUCUCCUCCCAGCAG